AGAAAAAAAAAAAUAUAAUUAAUUGACAACUUUUUAAAAUUAUUUUCCUUUCGCAUAUAUUCUAUUACAUACACAUGUGUGCAUGCUCGCGGCGUUUCGACCGCCCAACGCUGCUAGAAAAGAAUAAUGCUCUUAGAUGAAAAGGAAAUAAGAAGCAAGAAAAACAUUUGAAAAUUUGUUGUUAAUUUUAUCUACAACUUAUGGCAGAGCGCGUUACAAACAAUUAAUGUCAUCAGCUGCUAGUGUUUCUAGUUUAAAAACGGCAUCAUUCGAUAUGAACCGUUUAAUAACAAAGUUUUGUUCAAUUUUUAAAUGAAAUUUUCAUUGUAGUAAUUAAAAAAAAUUAGUUAAAACUUAAAAAUUAAUUAAUAAACAAAAAAUUUUAAAAUAAAACAUUGGAUAAGUUUCUUUAAGUGAAUCCGCUUCCCCUCGCGCUAAUUCAAAUGAAGCAAAGGAAGGUAAAGAAAAGCGGGUAAUAAGAAGUGCAAGACAUGCCUUAUCGCAUUCACGGUCGUAAGCACAGAAAUAAAAGGAAAGAUUGAUAGAAAUAAAUAAGAAAUGAUUUUGUGACAACUUGCAACAUAAGGAAUUCUGUCGUAGAUGCGUAAUACUGUUAUCUCCCCCCAAUGGUAAACCGCACUCAGUGAGAUUUUUUAUUUUUUUUUUUGACCAUUGCGUUCGUAGCUAAUGUCAUGGAUAAGAAGCAGAGGAACGUUCCGGAAGCUAUGAAUUCCUGGGUAAUAGUUUGCUUGCGUAAAAAAAAUGUCAAGUCCAAGACGUAACUGAAAUGCCUUAAAAUCGCUCUCGGGUAAGUCGAGUCGUGAACUAUGCGUUUAAACACUUAGGCGCAAAACUGGUUUACGUAAAGGCACAAUCACUUUGUUCACCAAAUCCCGUCGAGAUGUUGCUUGGAAUGCAAUUGUUUUGGAUUCAAAGAUGACAGAGCUCUCGUAAUUGCCGCAACCUCUUUUGAUCGAUCAAGUCAGUUUGAACCACACAUAUAUCGGAAAAGCAUUUUCCAUUAUUAUCGGGCAUACACGGUUGCGAAUGCGUUCAAAAUAAAUUGUUUCACACUGUCUUUGUUCAGUCCUCAGAAAAAUACGCUUUGUUACGUUUAAUUCGAAUCACUACCAAACACUGUCUAUACAAGAGUGUAAGGUUUUAAACGUCUAUUGCUAAAAGUUUUUUUUUUCAAUUGCUGUGGAGUGUGGUUAAAAUAUAGCAAAAAAAAAAAUGAAAAAUUUCGUCCCCGACGAAGUUAAACGAAAGCGUUAGCUUUGAAGUUAAUGUUUAUUACGAAGACUCGAUUCGUAAGCAGAACUAAAGGAAACAAUCGUUUGUUGCAAUAAUUGCAAAAAACCUAAAAGACAGAUAUUUCUCAUGACCCUGAAGACUUUCCAAAUUUAGUUCACGAAGAUUAACAAAGAAGUUGGUUUUCGAAGUUAGUUUUUCGAAUUUCGAAUAACUCAUCGAACGGAUGAGUGAUCCGUUCGUGAACAAAUUACUAGGAAUUGAAGCUAAAUUUCAAAAAGCAAGAGAUUUGCCAUUAAAGUAACUAUCGUAUUGCUUUAGUUCACUUAAAGACUUAUAGGAAACAUGAAGGAAAAAGGAAAAUGAAAGCAGUCUAAUAAAGGGCACGACUUGCCAUUGAAUAUUCAUAGUACUUGGCUUAAUAUACAUGGACGCGUAUCAGAUGGACGGACGGACAGACAAGCUUAGGUCGAUCUGGAAAGUGGUUCGGAAUUCACCGGUAUAAGAAAAGAUAGAUCUCACUCAAGUACUUUUGGUUGCUAUACACAACUGCACUUAACUUAAUAUGCCCUCGUUUCAAAAGUAGUAGUAGUAGUAGCUAAACAUUUACAAUGCGACAAAGAAAAAAUGUACUUUUAAUGAGAAUUUAACAUUUUAUUGGUGGAAAAAAAAAUUUGGUUCACUUUGUAAAAGUCUGAUCGCGCAAGCUAUCGUGUAAACCACUUACCUCUAUAGGCGACAAUAUCUUAAAAUCACAGAUGUUUUCCACAUCUCAUUUCUCAAUUUUUAAUUGGAAAUUGAGAUUAAAUUUUGCGCCUGAAAUAAGGAAAAGAAGAACAAAAAACAAAAGAGAAAAAUAGUUUGAAAAUAUUAGAGUAAGUGAGGGAAGUACGAUAUAAAGCGCAUAUAGUAAGUUGCGGCAAGUUCACCUUAUAGUAAUAUGCGAGUUUUUAAAAGACAAGUUAACGGCCUCAACUUUUCAAAUCGCAAUAAUACGUUUGUUAUCAAGAGAAUUCGUGACUUUGAAAUGCAGUCAAGCUUCUUACAGUUAAAGACGUAAAAAAGAAAGAAAAAAAAAUUGUGAAAAAAUGUUACUGAAAACUCAUAAAAUAUUUCAUUAUUUAAAAGGUGCCCCCAGCUGCGCGGGUUAAGCACUAUCUCUAGUUUUUGUAAAUAUUAAAAUUUUGAAAAAAAAAAACAUUUAUUUUCCCCGUUUGAUAUCCGUGCUGAAUAUGUGCCAAGGCCUCGCACAGUUCGUUCCCUUCAAUUUUCACGUUCAAUUAAUUGUACGAUUCGCACGACAAUAGGGUGUCGCAAUUUCUUUUCCUACCUAAUAGAGCUGUGUAAAUGUUGCUUAGAAAGCAUUCUCAUUCAUUCAUAUGUUUUUUCUUAGUCUUUUAGUCCGAACGUUUAAAAUAGUGCCUUUCGCAAAUAUUGUCGCGCAUUGCAAACAAUUUAUUGUUACCUUAAAAAAUGUUUUUUAAAGUAUAAUUAUUCUGAUCUUAAGAGUUUUUGAGUGCAAAAACUAAUUAUAUGUUAUUGCAAAUAAAAAGCAUUUUAUAACAUAACUAAGAAAACUCGGCGAAUAGCAGUAAAAAAGCGAAGGUAGUAAUUCUCCAUGAAAAAUAUAAAACAUCAUGAUCUGAUGCAACCAAAGCUUUGCCUUAUACCACCUUGUGAUAUCCAUAUUAAUCACUGAAACUUCACAAUCCAUUGCAAAAAAAAAGAAGAGAAACAACUUUUAUAUAUACACAUGCCUGAACCUCUCCCGACUAUGGAUUUCGAUAAAAUUUUGGGAAAAUGUGGUGAUUUCAAUCGUUAUCAACUCUUAAUAUUAGCUCUUUUUGGGCUUGUCAACAUCAUGGUAUCCAUGCAUUACUUUACUCAAACUGUGAUAAGUUUUGUACCCGAUCAUUGGUGCUAUCACGAGAAGUUGGAAAAUCGUUCUUAUGAUGAGAUAGCUGCUAUCUAUUCCAAAUUUCCAAAUCCUUCGUGUACGCUCCUCUCAGACGUCAACGGUUUGAACGCUACUGCCAGCACUGAGAAAUGUUCCAAAUGGAUUUAUAAAUAUGACUUUGGUUACAGAUCCAUGAAUACUGAGUUAAACUGGGUUUGUGACGCCUCGUAUAAAUCAACUAUAGGUCAAUCCUUAUUUUUCAUUGGUUCAGUAGUUGGCACCUUGUUUUACGGCUUGCUGUCGGAUAAAAUUGGUCGGCUGCCUGCUUUGAUUCUAUCAAACUUUUCGGGUUUUGUUGGAGACUUUUCUACAAUAUUUACGAAACAAGUCACCACUUUUACCCUGUGCCGAUUUAUAUCGGGCUUGGCUGCAGAUACAAACUUCUACUUGAUGUACAUUAUAGUUCUCGAGUACAUGCGUCCCACAAUGCGAACUUUGGGUCUAAAUAUAGCUGUAGGCGUGUUUUAUACCCUCGGUUUAGUGUUUACACCUUGGUUGGCAGUUUUAACUGGACACUGGCAAUACUAUUUAGCCAGCACGUCUUUACCACUUCUCCUCAUUAUUCUGUUCUAUUUUGUGAUACAGGAAAGUGCCCAAUGGUUGGUGACACGUAAUGACGUUGAUGGUGCUAUCAAGCGACUGAAACGAGUUGCAAAGUUUAACGGCAGGCAUGUGACUCAAGCUGAGUUCGAUGAAUUCCGUAAAUAUUGUCAGAAACAACGGGAAAAGCACGGUGGAGAUGACCAGAAGCAUUCAUCACUGAUCGAUAUGUUUCGUACACCUCGCAUGCGCAAACAUACACUGAUACUGUUUUUCAAAUCUAUGGUCAUCACUUUGUGUUACGAUGUGGUAUCACGUAAUGUGGAGGGUAUGGGCAUAUCGCCGUUCGUUAUGUUUUCCUUGAGUGCUUUGGUGGUGUUACCGUCCAGUUUAAUGCUCGUUUUGCUGCAGGACCGUAUAGGACGUAAAGGCAUGGCAUCUGGUUCUUUAUUGGUUGGAGGUUUCUUUACAGUGGCUGCUGGCAUAGCCAUUGCUUAUCAACAGCACAAUCACAAUGCCGUUCUUUUAGCUUGUCUUACCGUAGCCGCUCGUUUCGGUGUAGCUAUCUCCUAUGAAUCUGGUUCGCAAUACGCGACGGAGCUAAUACCGACUUGCGUAAGAGGUCAAGGGGUGGCGGCCGUCCAUGUAGCCGGAUUUGCUGCUUCCUUUCUAGCUCCCUACAUAUUGUGGUUGGGCACAUUCUUCAAGGCAGCUCCUUCUCUCAUAUUGGGUGUGCUGUUUUUCAGUGGUUCCUUCGUAUGCCUAUUACUACCAGAGACGCUAAACAAGACGCUUCCCAAGACCAUAGAAGAAGGUGAAGUCUUUGGCAAGGGCGAACGUAUGUUUGACUUCCCUUGCUUAUCGCAACAAAAUAAAAAGUCUGAAGACAAAAAUUCCGAACAGGAACCUUACAGCAAACGCAAACGCAAUCAAUCUCUGACAAUAGGUUUAGAAUGCAAUCAUGAAACUGAUGCAAAUCGCAACAGUUAUACGUAAAAUUUUAGGGAAUUAAUAAGCAAACGUAGUAAUUAACGUUUUAUAGAAACCACUUAGCUAAGUUUAUAAUAAUAUGUAGAACAAGUAAACAAUUAUCCGUUUUCGUACUCCAAUAUUUGUUUUUUCUUUUCAUUUCAACAAUGUUUUUAGUAUAGUAAGGCUCAGCUAAGCCAAUUACUUUUAGUUUACUUAAAUCAAUUAAUUAGCUUAGGGAUCUUUUUAAUAUAAACAUAAGUUUUUAUUGUACGUGAAU